GAAUGACGUAAUCAUAAGAGCCAAUAUUUAUUAAUUGACCUUUGCAACUGAUCACGACCAGACUAAACUCAAGAAGAGCUCCUUCAUUCAAGCUCUUCUGUUCUGUCAUAAGCGCUUAGGACAACACCUCUCCUCUUUUCAUUGUAUUCUCAAGGAGCAAGAUGCUCACAUCUCAAGCUGUCUACCUGACCCUUCUCCUCUGUGGAUGUGCACUGGUCCAGUCAACUACCAUAAGUGUCGAUUUGGACACUGCCCCAUGCGAGAACAAUAACGUGAUCCUCACUGUUCCUCCAGUCGCACGCCUUGCUUUCAACUCAAACUCAAAUAGAAGUAUAAAGUUCAAUUCGGGCGGAAACGCCAGUUGUGAUGAGGACCGAGACACGGUUUCAAUAUGUACAUUGUCUCUGAAUAAGCCUUUUUCUUUGUAUACUCUCAACUUGGACAUCUCUGAAACGCUACCGAACAACACAGUAGUAACACAGAACCUCAAUCUCAUGAUUACUGUCAAUCAUGUUUAUGCGUUUGGUUGUUCCAAGUAUGUGUUUCCAGUUCGCCUCAAUGUCACGGAAAUGACAGGAGCAUUAACCUGCGCCCCUGUGUUUGUGAAUUCCUCUAUAAACACCAACUCUGUGGAGUGGUUCAGAUCUCUCACGCCUGAUGGUUUCAACUUGACUAAAAUCGAUGACAAUCGUGUCAACCAAGCCAGCAGUGGUGGGGUAAUGAAUGCUUCACUGGUAUUCCAUAGUGCGGGUGUGGAGGAUGCCGGCUACUACUUCCCAAUGGUUGGUGGAGUGGGACUCAAUGAGACACCUCCAAUCUUGGUCACAUAUCAACCCGAAAUCAUGAGUGAUGUUGCUGAGUUCUCUCGUAUUUUAUACGUCGACCCAAACUUUCCUCAAAGCACGCUUUUCUCAUGCACUGUGAGAUCCUUCCCACAAGCUUCCGUCGUCUGGCGAUACUCCGUGAGCGAUGGUAUGAAAGUAAACCGCUCUCUAACUUGCUCCCAGGACUCAGAAUGUUUUUUCAAUGUUUCAUCAGCUAACGUGCCUAAUACAUACCUCUACAAUAUCACUAUUGUGAACCUGAAUAUUGCUGACUCUGGCAUCUACUCUUGUUUCGCUGAAAAUGAAGCCAUUAGGUUCGAUAUGGGGAAAUCCAUCAAUGCUCACAGCUACCAUCUCAGAGUAAAAGAUCACUUGCUACCUUUGUGGCCUGCCAUUGGCACCCUUGCUGUGCCUAUAGUGCUGGUCCUACUCAUGCUAGUGGGGGCAUUGUGGGACAAAAUGAUUGCAGUGUACUGUUUCAAUGAGGACAGCCCAAGUCCCGGGGAAAGAAGGAGAAACAUUUCUGGCUCCAGUUCAUCUGCUGGCUCCCCUGUUCAAUUGACUGACAACCAUGCUGCUCUCAGGAGACUCUCCUCGGCCAAUGUCCAACUGUUAGAAGAGCCAGGAAACAUCUAACAACUUUAGGCAUUAUCGUAUUUUAGACUCCUGUUGUAGCCUCAUUACUCGUGUGUGUAUGUAUGUGCUUAUCUAAUGUAAGUGUGUUUAGGGUUUUUAUGUGUUCCCUCUAUACUGUUGUGCACAAUAUUUCUAUGUCAAUUGAUAUAAUUAUUUGACAAUUA